GUUUACGAGUUGAGUUGUUGAGUUGCAUUUGCUUGCGAUCUUGGAUGACACGGAAGAUUACCUUACAAGUCUUUUGUUGGUUGGAUUUUUUUAAAGCUAAAGUUAAUUUUUCAUGGUUAAUUGAUAAUACAGCAUUGAUUUGAUGUAGUAGCUGUCAAAUGCAAAAUGUGGUGUUUAGUUAGCCAGCCAAAUUCAGUUGUGAUUGAGGUGGAAGUGGAUCCCAAGGCUAAAGGGCAAGAAUGUUUAGAAAAGGUGUGUGCUUGUCUGGGUAUCAGCAACGAGUCAGACUAUUUUGGCCUCAAGUACCACAGUGUCAAGGCCCAGGAUGUUUGGCUCAACCUACGCAACCCCAUCGAACGUCAGGGCGUGCCUGGUGUUCCGCCUUACCGCUUCCAACUAAGGGUCAAGUUCUGGGUGCCUCCUCACCUCUUGCUGCAAGACACUACCAGACACCAAUUCUACCUGCACGCCCGUUUAGACCUGCUUGAGGGACGACUGAAGGUGACCAACACAGAGAUGGCUGUGAGGUUGGUAGCACUGAUAGCACAGGCUGAGACGGGUGAUCUGGAGCCUGAGUCUCCUCCGCUGUGUCUCUACACUCAGUGGUGCCAACUGAUGAUGGACGGAGCAUCACAGGAAAACCUUGAGUCGGUAGUCAGAUUUCACAGAGACUUGCGGGGAAUGAGGAGCAGCUCGUCUGAGUACUGGUUGUUGAAGGAGAUCGCAACUCUGAACGAGUUUGGGGAGGAAUUGUUCAAUUGUAAGAGUACAACUUUGGGUAUCGGACCACAAGGCAUCAACGUGUACUGCCCCAACACCCAGGGCUGUCAGAGUAUACCUUACACAGCGAUUCACAGCGCAGUGAGUCAGCGACGCACGUUCCAGCUGCACUAUGAUGACGUCAACCACCAGUCUACCACACUUGACGUCAAGUGUGACAGCACACUGCUGGCUACAGAAGUGUACCGAGCGUUGACGGAGAAACAUGCCUUCUACUCGUGUGAAACUGUGCGAGGCGCAGUCACUGCCCAGUUUGUGCGAGACCUUAAGGGCACCAUAGUAUCUAUGUUCAACGAGUCGAGCCCUCUUGGUAAGCAGUAUGUGUUUGAUAUCCGACGCACAUGCAGGGAAGUGCAUGAUAACGCCAGACGAGCUUUGUACCAGCCAGAGACGUCGUCUGCUGCUAAUAAUGCGCCGGCCGACUGCAGCUCGAGUCAGACUAGUGAACGGCUAGCCAGGUUACUGGACGCUCUAACAUGCAGGAUCUGUAUGGAUGCUUCCAUAGACACGGCGUUCUUCCCUUGCGCGCAUGUUGUGGCAUGCAGCGAGUGCGCGGUGAGGUGUGAGUCAUGUCCACUGUGUCGCGCAGGCAUAGAGGAGUCACGCCGCGUAUACCUUCCGACCCUCGAUCAUGACUUCCGAGCUCCUGCUUCCGUCACGUCGAGCAGUGUCUAGAUCUAGUCAUCCCCUGCAGCCUUGGGUAGUGUGUAUUACUUGCUAGAAACAAAUUUUAACAAAAUUUUUGCAACUUUAAUGAUUAGAAUCAGACUAUUCAUUUGGUUGGUUGGACAAAAAAUAUUGUUGUCUAUAAACAAAUUAAAGUAAAAACACUGUAUUGAUAUUUUAUUUCAAUAAACACUUUUUUUCUUCUUCUUCUUCUAAACAAAUUAAUGUGUUUUUAAUAAGUCCUAAUGUUGAUUAAAGGGCAGAACGAUUUUCAUAAUUGGAAUUAAAGCUUAAACUUAUGUUGCUGGAAAUAGGUGCCAAAACACCAUAUUUAGAAGUAAGAAUUUACUAAUUUACAUUAGCAUAGGUAUGAAACUAAAAUUUACCUCGUAUAUCGUUCGAGUGCAGUGCUAUAAAACUGCACUUAAAUGAAACUGAGUAAGAAAAUACUGCUUCAAGUUUGCUACUUAAUAAUUGCAGAUUAAUUUCUCCUCUAUGAAUGAUCAUAUUUCAGAAAAUGUAUCAAAAUUGUAUUAGUUAUUACUUAUAUUGUACCAUGCUUACCUACUCUUUGCUAGAAGCCAAAAUCAACACUCAGUACCAAUAAAUUCUGCAUAAGAGAGGUUCAGUAGACAACAUCAAACAUAAAAUUCAAAUGCAUAUUCACUGAGGCUGCAGGAAAUAGACCACAGGACUUAUAAUGCAUAAUUUUUCAACCUAAGGUAGAAUUAUGUUUACCCUGCAUAAUAUAGAAACAAGUUGAUAUAAACAUAAUAUAUUUUUAAUAAUGGUAAUAGAUUAUAAAUUUGUGUCUCCAAUGUUCUCAAGAGAACAAAGUGAUAAAACUUUAUAAUUGUUCUUUUAUUUCUAAACAUUCCUUUAACGUUUACAACAAUUUUACUGUUGGUUUUUAUUUGAGGUUUAGGACUAAGUUGUUAUCUUGUCUUAGAUCUCACUUGAGAACUGAUAUUUGAAGACUAAUUUAUCAACAGUUUAAACAAUUUGUAAAACUGUAUUAUGUUCUCGAUGUAAUACAGGUAAUUAAAACCACUUUAUAAUUUUGUGUGUCUGACAAUAAUAGCCAUAUUUGGAUUUUGUACUGGUGGACAUUUUUAUAGACACUUGAUGGUAUUUCAUUUGUAGUAUUAUCUGUGGUACCUACUUGUUCAUCUUAGCUAGUAUUUAUGUCAAGUUUCAAUGUUUAGGCUGUGUAGAAUCUGUUGAAUUACCUAAGUAAAACGGUUUAAAUACCCUUAUUUAUUACAGAAGUGUUUUUCUAGGUUGAAUGUUUAGGACCCAUCCAUAUUAAAAGCUGAAAAACUUUCGAGCAAGUCACCCCCUGUAGAGCCCAAACUGUUUUGAAGUUUACCCUCGCAAUAAUAAAUGGUCGGUUGUAUACAAGGGCAUUUCUUGCUCAACCUAGACCGUCUCCCUAUGAGACGCUCGGCACUCAAGCUACGACAAUGGUGCGUCUCGGAGCGAGACACGGCGGCACUCAAAGAGUUAAAGGUGUAAAAUGUAUCCUUUUUAAAAGGACACAUUUUGUCGAUAUCAACACACUAGUGUCACCACACAUCAAAAAGGUUUAAAGAUUUUAUAAAAGAUGUUAAGUCUAUUUACAGUAUCCAAAGUCAAUGAUUUUCCACAGCCUAGACAUAAUAUUAUAUUUUAGUUGGCAAUCAGUAUUGAAUCAUGAAUGUCAUACUGCUUUAAAUGUGUACAAUGCAAUUAGUUUUUCAUGGCGAUGGUUUCAUCAUGUAGACAUAAUACGAAGCGUAGCUUAGGAUAUUAAGGUUGUUUAUUAGGUUUAGCUGAUUACAUUUUAUUGUGAUUGUUGCAAUGCAAUUAUGUUUAUUUGUUUAGUUUAGAGGGAUUUUACUUUUAUUUGUUUGUUAUGAGAUCAAAAGUGUCUUAUUUCAAAGUUUACUCUAUAUACUGUAUUUUUAUUGUAUUUUAAUAUUUUGGUUUCAUAUUGGUUUGUUAAACACUUCCCGAGCGGCUGCAGCAGGGCAAAGCCCUACUCACUACGCGAUCAAUAAUUUGGAUGGGGUUGAACAAAUUUAUUUUGAUGUUUUUCUACCUGAUGGUUACAGUUGUUUGUAGACACAUUUUUAUCAAAAUAAUUUUUUACAAGUUUUAUGACCAUAAUUUUUGCGGAGUAGGCUAUAUAUAUAUAUAUGUCUAACGCUUACUAAGGAAUGCAUUGACCCGUACAUAUACGUCUAACCCUUGUCAAUUUUGCUUAGGAAAAAGAUUUAUCUUUAAUAACCUGUUUAAAAGAUUAAUGAAAUAAAAAAAAAACAUGAUUACACAAUAUGAACAAUUUGUCUUUUUCAUUCAAAAGACAAAACAGACUUAUCCAAUUAUAAUACAAGAAACAAUAUUGAUUCGGAUCAUUCAAUCUAAACUCAUUUUCAGUAACCAACACAAGAAAUUCUCAUGCUCUGAAUAUAUUCCACUAAUCUUAUCUCGCUGGAUUUACUUCACUCAAGAACACGUAAACAGACUGGUCUGAGCAAAACAAUAACAUGUGAAUGACUCAGCCAGCCGGUCUUGUAAACAACAGAUGUUAGGAGUUUAGUGAUACCAACCCACCAAUCAGAAAUAUACCACAAAAAUGAAAAAAAAGUGAUCACAUCAACAAUAUUGAUUAAGGUAAUAAGGUAAUAAUUGUUAACAGCCAAGAAACAACUUUAAAAUACCUAAAUGAUGUUUACACGUUUUGACCAAUGUGUCGUAUGCUUGGGACCUUCAGAUUGACUUUUGUAUAGGCUAUAUUAUAUAUAGCCAACACUCCGCUCGGGAUGGGUUAAGGCUUGGAUAUUUAAUGGAGAACUGUGUUUGAUUUUUUUGCUGUACAAAUUAUACUUGUCUAAUAAUUUAUUUUCCGAAUGCAAACCUCCACUCUAAAAUGUAUAACUAAAAACUAAAUUAAUCCCACACUAAAGUAAAACCAAUACAUCAUAUAAAGUUCAGCAAAACCAAAACUAAAAUACAGUAGUUUUGGUUUUGAUAAAAAAAAAAAAAAAAAAUUAUUAAACACACUUCAGCUGUUCAUAAUUUAGGAUUUUUAAGGGGUGGGGAUCAAAUGACAGGAACAUUUUAAUCCAGGAAUAGAAACUUGAUCAACAUUUCAAAAAGGAGUUAAAUGAUCCAUAUUUGGAAUUUCUUGUAGUUCCUUUAUAUUGUGGGAGGAAAAGUUGUUAGUUUUUUCCUUGUUGUAUAAUGAUGUGAACAUAAUAUUAUCUAUGUUAAAACAUUGACUAGUCAAAGGUUCCACAGAUUACCUUAAUAAACAAAAUCAAAUGCAUAAAAAACAUUAAACACAUUUUUUAAAUAAAAAUAUUUGAAUAAUCAAUUUCUGUUCUGAUACAAUUCUUUUCUUUGAGUGAUCUCCUCAGAUCUCCUAAAUAGUAUUUGUUGUGCUUUGUUUAAAAUGUUAUAAAGUUGCCAGCAUUUCCUGAGUUUAAGCAUUGAUGUUUUAAGUUAAAAUGUCAUGUUGCCAUGCUUGUUGUUAUUUGUUCAUUGUUGCUAAAUGUUAUUUUAUGGACAGUUCAUUGUAUAAAGAUUUCUAUAGGCUAACCUUUUUAUCAUAGAAUUAGCAAUGGAUUCAAGCAGAUUUCCAUGAUACUCGAAUUUGGUGAAUUCAUUUCAAAUAUGUUUUUACUGUUUGAAAAUAGGAAAGUGAAAAUUAUUGCAAAGUAAAACUUGUUUACAGAGGAGUUCACAACAGACUGGUUAUUUUUCAAACCCUAGCUUAAACAAAAACUGGAAACAAGUUCUGUAAACAUGUUUACAACAAAAAGUGGAUGGCAAAAUUUAAGCUACAAACAAUAAAAAAUCUUUACAGACAUUAAAAUGUUUUCAACAAAAAACUAGUGCGUUAUUGCAGCUAGCAAAGCAUUGCAAUUUUAUUUUCUGUGUUUGUGUCAGUUCUUAUUCUUAGGCAAUAUGGAUUACACAUUAAUCGCUUUAGUAUUAUAUCAGUAAAAUCUAAUAUUUUAUAUUUGUAAGCAUUGUACCAUUUUGGAAAAAAGUUUUGCUUAACGUUUAUUCACUGCCAUAAUAUGUUUCCUCACACUAAUUUCUGUCAUUUAUUAUGUAUAUUUACAUACAUGUCUUUGUAUUUAUUUUAUAUACUUUUAUCAUUCAUAGUUGAAAUCUAAACUAAAACCCCAAAUGUGAUGUUACAAUAUUGUGCUGUCAUUAGGUAGUUCAGUCAAGACUCUGUACAACUUUUACUACUGAUGAAGCACAAGAAAAUCAAUCUAAAAACUGAUUUGUAUAGGAACAACAGUUCUAGAUGAUUGGGAAAAAACAAAAGUUGUACAGUUGCUCUUAAAGCCACCAUAUCUACCAGAGAACUAGUUUUUUACAUGUUAGAUGUGUUUGUAUAGUUACGGGUAACUGGUUAUGCUAGUAACAUUUAUUGUAUUGUGUAACUGUUAUUUUUUACCAAUGAAAUGAUUUUUAGCAAUGUACCCUUAUUGUAACUCUGUACGGAAUAAAUUUUCCAACAUUUGAA